AUGAGUCUUUUAGUGAAUUAUUUAAAAUAGAUAGAUUUUUUUGGAGCUCCCUUAGUUUAACAAAUUGACAAGGAACAAUCCAUUUAUAAAAGUAUAUUUGGUGGAGUAAUGACAUUACUAAUUUGUUCAGCUAGUCUUUCGUAUGCCAUCUGGGUUAUCUAUUUAUGGUAAAUAAACUAAUUUAGUCCAAAAAUUUCAAGUUCUGUUUAUGUUUCAAACUUUGAAUUAUUGGAUCUAAAUUAUGAUGUUGUCAAAAUUUGUUAUUACAAAUAUGAAGAAAAUUUAAUUGAUCCCUUUGAAGCUAAAGUGCUUCUUCCUUUAAUAAUUUAUACAGAAAACUAUACAUUUACUGAAACUAAAGUAUUAAACUUAUCUGACUAAACAUCAUAUUACGGAAAUAGAUUUGUAAUUCCAUAAAUGAAAUUAGGAUUCACAGAUGUAAAUGGUUAAUUGAUAACAACAUCAGAAAUGUAUAUAUAGAUAGUUAAAUGUACACCUGAACUAUUAUAAGAAGGAGAAUAAUGUGCAACAGAGGAAAUCAGUAAUUAAUUUUUUAAUCAAGCACAGAAUAUUAUUAUCAUGUAAGUAUAAUACAAAUAGUUAAAUUCCAAAGAUGGAUCAAUUUAGUCUAGUAUAUAAGAAUUUUUUGUUUAAGUAGAAAAACUUAAUUGUUAUACUUUGAAUACAUUUUUAUAAAGUAGUUUUUAUGAAGUAAAAGAUUCAUUUCUUUUUGGAUCUCCAAAAUAUUUUGAAUUUGUUAAUGGAGCUUUAAUAUAACCAUAAACAAAUUCAAUUUAAUAUUGUUAAUAAGCAUAUGGGGAUGAAACAUAUGCAUCUUUAUAUGUGGUUAUGAAAGGAAAUCAAGUAAAAACUAUUUUUGAAUAUCCAAAUGCAGGUGAUUUACUUGCUAAUAUUGGAUCAAUUGUUUCAAUUUUAUUUAUGGUUAGACAUAUUAUAGUAAUAUUCAAUUCCUAUUAUUUAAAUGAAAAAAUAGUACAUGACUUAAUUACUUAUUAUUAUCCGCAAUUUCCUUAGAUUAAGAUAUACAAAAAUUGGAAAAGAGAUAUUAUUAAAGUUGUUCUUCAUAAUUAAUAAAUUGAUUUAAAUGAAUACUUAAAGUUUUAUGAAAACAUAAAAUAAAAAAUAGAACAAAAACUAACCUUUGUUAAUAUUAUCUAUGAAAUAUCUAGAAUCUAUAUUUUGAUACGUGCAGAUAAAUUAUAAAAUGAGAUUAAAAAAUGUCAUUCAGUUGGAUUAAAACUUGAUCAUCUCAAAUUAUCUAGUGUUGUAAUUGAUCCAUUUUCUAAAUCCAGUUGCACUUCUAGAGAAAUAGAGGAACAAACACUUAAUGAUGAAGAUAUUGGAAUUCUUUCUUUAUAAGAACGAUAAAAUUAAUCUAAAAUCUAAAUACCUGAUGAAGAGGCUGAUUUGAUCAAUUUUUAUGACAUAAAUAAAAUUAAAUCUUGA